CUCAGAUGCCAGUCUGAGUGCCGGGUGUGAGGCGCCACACACCCUGUGGACCAGUACCUCCUGACUCCUGACUCAGCCAGGCCCCAGCACACACAGCUGCAGAAAGGAAAGAAAAUCUCUUGGCUCCGAAAUGACAUCUGGAGAGCCCAAGACAAGCCUCAAGAAUGCCUACCCAUCUGCCAAGAGGCUGCUGCCGAAGGCGAUGGAGGAGGAGGCGGAGGACUACUGGACCCCAGGAGCCUUCGAGCUGGAGCGUCUCUUCUGGAAGGGCAGUCCCCAGUACACUCAUGUCAACGAGGUCUGGCCCAAGCUCUACAUCGGGGACGAGGCGACAGCGCUGGACCGCUACAGGCUGCAGAAGGAGGGCUUCACACACGUGCUGAAUGCGGCCCACGGCCCCAGGAAUGUGGACACCGGGCCCGACUACUACCGCGACAUGGCCAUCGAGUACCAUGGAGUGGAGGCUGAUGACCUGCCCACCUUCGAUCUCAGCGUCUUCUUCUACUCAGCGGCCUCUUUCAUCGACAGGGCACUCAGCUUCGAUCACAAUAAGAUCCUGGUACACUGCGCCAUGGGCCGUAGUCGGUCGGCAACCCUGGUCCUGGCCUACCUGAUGAUCCACAGGAACAUGACCCUGGUGGACGCCAUUCAACAAGUGGCCAAGAACCGCUGUGUCCUGCCCAACCGGGGCUUUCUGAAGCAGCUCCGGGAACUAGACAUGCAGCUGGUCCAGCAGAGGAGACAGGCCCAGCACGGUGACGAUGGUGAAGAGGCCAGUGAGAAGAAGCUGUAGAGCCCCACGAGGAGAGGCAGACACACUUGGGAAUGGAAAGAGGAGACUGAAAUAGCUCUGACCUGCAGAAGGGACAGUGAAACCACAGCCUGACUUCUUCCAAAUAAUCUUCCACUUCCCGGGUGCGUGCUGAUGAACAGGGAGCAUUCAAGGCUGCCCACUGGACUAGUCCAGACCUCGGCUUCACCUCAAAAUGCGGCAGACUGGCUGCCCAGCAGAAUCGGUUACAGAUGAACACACAGUUCUGCACAAAGGAGCCUGUGUUAUUAUUAUUUUUUGAUAAGAUGGGAGAAAAGGAUUUAAAAAUGUGUAGGCAUUGUGCUGUGAUUAUGCGUUCGGCUUUGUCUGAAAGUCACAUUCUUAAAAAAUAAUUUUAAAAUAUAUUUUCUAACCGCAGGAAAAUGCCUGGGAGAGCCGUGUUAGGGGAGAGCUUGGACAGCUUAUUAGUGAGUCCCCUGUCUGGGGCAUCUGCAUUUCCUCAGUUUCUUGCAUCCUCUUUUCAAAUACCCCAGGCUCAGGUAUUUGGUAGGGGUGGGGAGUGGGGCCCACACAGAGGGCCCUGCUUUGGGCUCCCCCACCUUCCGCAGAGAGCCAGGGCUCUUUAGGAUCUUAGCCAGAGCUGCCACCACCCAGAAACAUUCAAUAAAUUGUGGUAAAUUUGGACAAGAGUUUGACUUUACAAUUUUGAAAUAAGAGGGAGGCGACACUCUUUAGGAGACCAGAACUCA